UCAUUUCUAAAUUUAGAUUUAGCUUGAUUUGCAAAAAGUUAAAUCACAAUGUUUGAGUUCUACAAAACAAUAUGAAGGUAUCUUGGCCACCUGACAAGAUGACAGACAUUGACAAAUGCCAAGUCCAGAAGUUUUCUUGGCCGAAGUGGACCAGUAGCAACUUGCAUCUCACGAGCGUAGUGGCAGGAGUACCCACGAGUGGAGAGCUAGGUACACUGCAUUGUCCCUUUGCUAAAAACCCUUUAGAGAAGAAAACCAUGAAUUCCUCCAUAUUCCGACGUCUUACUGUUGUGCUUGAGUUCAACUCAAUGAUGCCAUUCAAGGAAAAAGCCAGAUGGCGCAAGAAAAUUACGGACAAUGGUGGGACUGUGUCCUAUAUCAUAACAAAGAAGAUAUCCUGCCUGGUUUUAUUUAACGACAUGUUGGAGAAAUCUACAUACAAAGUUCGUCAGGCUAGAAGGUGCAGGGUGCCCGUGUUGAGGGCCGAGUUUAUUGACGACAGUCUGCAGCAGCAGCAGAGACUGUCCAUGACUACUUAUAUUGCUGGAGAGGCUAUGGAGGGCAAGAAUUUCCAGAAGGGAAAAAUAAUGACCCCACAGCAGCGAUUAGUACGGAAGAAGAAACGGAAAAUACAUAUGAACCUGAACAGCCUAGAGUGCUGGCCCCUUGGUGACCCAGAUAGUCCUGAGUAUGACGAGGAGGGAUACUCUGUGGCCAAAUGGGCGGUUCUCAAAUCUAAAGAGUCUGUCCAGAUCCUGGAGGUACACACCAGCCAGUGUGAUGUUGAUCUUCCCUACCGUCUAUACUCUCAGGCAGGAUCAUUGUCAGAGAAAAUGACUAGUGAUAACAAAGACACUCCUGUAGCCUGGUAUGUGAGCACGUCCGAGGAGGUUGUGAGUGGAUAUGAACAGUUGUACCAGCAAUACACCUCACAUCCCUAUAACAUGUCUGUAUGGGAUAACCCUGUGCUAACUAACAGUACCUUGGGGUCUCCCAAACUCCGACUGUUGCUGGGAGAGUUGUGUACCCUGACAACGGAGAUCAGUCCAGAGGUUGGUCAGCUGGUGGAACUGGUUUGGGCAGAGGCGAGUCACGAGGCUGAGACACAACUGAACACGAAACUCCAGCACAUCAAGCAAGAAAAGGUUGAAGAAGCUGAGGCAGCACUGUUACAACUGAAGGCCUCAGUGAUAGAAGGAGCUGACAACACCAAGAUAAGUGGUUUACUGGAGGAGUUCUACUCUGCAAUGCCACAUAAAGACAUGUACAGAAAGGAUACCAUGUCACUUAAAGAUAUCUCGACGAAACAGGAUCUCUGUCAGCUUGUUAAUGACAUCCUAGGUGUGAGUGAGGCGACAGACUGGUCCGAUGAGGCAACAACCAAUGCCAAAUAUAGAGCUCUUCGAUGUCAUGUGACCAGUCUGGAUCAAUCAUCAAAAGAGUUCCAAAAUGUGUCUGAAAUGGUGACAAGUACAUCGGAAAGUGUUGAGGUGAAGAAUAUCUACAGUGUCUGUCGCACAUUGGAGGAGCUGGAAUUUCAGUCGGACAUUGGAAAUGUAACCUCACUGAUGCACGCAUCUUCCACACAUAACUUCCUAGGAAUAAUGUCUAGGGGUUUGUUGCUGCCGAACCUUGUGGAAAGCUCAUUUGGGGUCACCCGAACAGAUAGAGGCAUGCUGGGAUGUGGAAUAUACUUCUCUAACUCUGCCAGCACUUGUUUAAAGUACUCCGUUCCGAGUCCCAUCUAUGGGUGUCGCCUUCUCCUGGUAUGUGAGGUGGCACUGGGCCGACAGUGUCCUUACACAAGUACUGACUACUCCCUCACAGCAUCUCCCACUGGUUACCAUAGCACCCAUGGGGUCAAAAGGUCAUCUGAUGUCAACAGUCACUUUGAGGAUGAUGAGUUUGUGGUGUACAGUCCGAGACAACAAAGGAUCCGGUAUGUGGUGGAGUUUUCUCUCCCUGAGGAUCCCAAGGUGGCCGUCCCCUCGCUCAGCCUCCAGUCUGACAAAGACACCGAAAACGAAGACCUCUCCAGCAACCUAGCUGAUAUUGACAUAUCUGAUGUUAAAGACCUUCCAGACCCUCUCCAGAAAGUCCCUGGGGGCCUGAUUGGGGGUAAAAAAUCAGUACCUCUCAAGUGUGUCCAUAUCAGGGCCAGUAUGCUGGACAUGGUGGCUAAGGUUGUGGUUCUCCAGAAAUACAGAAAUGACAACGACUCGGCGAUCGAGGCCAAGUACAUCUUCCCACUGGAUGACACAGCAGCUGUUUGUGGGUUUGAAGCAUUCAUUAAUGGAAAACACAUUGUUGGUAAGGUGAAGGAAAAGAAGACUGCCCACAAAGAGUACAAGGAGGCUAUCAGUAAAGGACAUGGUGCCUACCUCAUGGAUGAGGAGGAGCCGGAUGUGUUUACAGUUAGCGUGGGUAACUUGCCACCUAAGUCAGAUGUCCUGAUCAAGAUUACCUAUAUCACAGAGCUACAGGUGGAGGGAGAGAGCAUCGCGUUCAGAGUGCCAGCCUCUGUUGCUCCAUGGGUCAAAGAUACAGCACUGGCACAGCAGACUCAGGUUGACCUUGACACACUCAAGAUCCAAGAUGGUGGAAGGUCAUCACUGUCACUACAGGUUUCCAUGGAGAUGCCUUUUGAUAUACGCAAUGUUAUGUCACCAACGCACCUGGUCAAAUACAAGAAAACAGCCACAAAAGCCGUAGUAGAGCUCCCAAGGAAUGCCCGACUGGACGAUGGUUUUAUUCUCCUGGUCACCUUGGCUGAAAUCCAUGUACCCCGUAUGUGGGUGGAGAGACAUCCAACCAAGGGCAGUCAGGCUUGUAUGCUGGCGUUCUACCCCGAGUUUGAGGCGGAGUUAGAGGAGGACCCCGAGAUUGUAUUCCUGCUGGACAUGUCUAAUUCCAUGAAGGGUCAGUCAGCUCGAGAUGCAAAAAAGGUGUUCCUGUUAGCUGUUGAAAAGUUACCAGAGAAAGCCCUCAUCAAUGUAGUCAGUUUUGGCACAUCUUACUCGGAACUCUUUCCUUCACCUCAAAAGAUGACAAAACAGACUUUACAGAAAGUUACAGAAUUUGUACAGGCUGUGCAGCCACAUUUGGGAGGAAGCAAUGUUGAUUACCCAGUAGAGUCCUUGUUCCUUCUCAGUCCAGCAGAGGGCAGCAGGAGUGUCUUCCUCAUCUCAGAUGGUUACCUUAGCAACAGUGAUGUGUUGCUGUCAACAAUCAGGAAAGGAAAUGCUAAAAAUAGAGUCUUCACCAUUGGUGUUGGACAAAACGUGAACCACCACCUGAUGCGGAGCCUGGCGUCACGAGGAGGCGGUACCUAUUACCAUUACAACUAUAAGACACGCUCCGUUUGGGAGGCCAGGAUGAACACUCAAGUUCAGAAGGCAUGCCGUCCAGGUAUUUCUGGUGUUAAAGUGGAGUGGCAGCAAAACAUGGACACGACCAACAGACCUCUUCAGGCCCCUAAUCACAUCCCAAGUUUGUUUUCUGGGUCACGACAGGUCGUGUAUGGCUUUGUACCUAACUGUACACAGGCCUAUUUGAAGGCAACUGUGGACAACAUGGAGGUUUCUACGAUGGUAGCAACAACAGAACUCAACAUUACACAAGGAGAGAUGCUGCAUCAGCUGACGGCUCGUGCGGUGAUCCGUGACUACGAGGAUGGCAUCCUUUGUGAGGACAAGAUACAACAGCGGGUGCUGAAACAGGAGAGAAAGAACACCAUUAUACAGCUGAGCACGGAGUACUCCAUUGUGACCCCCUACACCAGCUUUGUGGCCAUUGAGGAAAGAGAUCAGGAUGAGCAGAUAACAGAUGGACCAUCUAUUGAUGACCUGGUUGCUGAGGAAUCUGUAGACAUUUUGGAUUAUGUAGGCUGGCAGAACCCUGAUUUCUUUGAUGAAAAGGAGCCAGAAGAAAUUGUAGAGGAACUGUUAAGAAAAGCUUUGAUUGCAGAGAGCUUCUCACAACAGGAGGCAAAUAGAACCUAUGCCUCUAUCUUAGAUUACAAAUCCUGUCUUCAAAACGAUGCCAACAACGAACUCAAAGAAAAGGUUAUGGAAGCAGCUGAAAGAUUUUUCUCCUGUUCUAAAGAUGACAUUAGCCAAAAUAUGUUGGCAGAGUUUCGGAAAAGUUUUCCUUUCCCAAUCGAGAUACACACCCUGACUGGUAGGACUAUCCCCGUGAGUGUGUCCGAGGGCGACACCGUGUCUGACUUGAAGAAUAAGAUCCAUCAGAUAGAUGGACUUGACCCAGAGCAGCAGAGAUUGAUUGUUGGUGGGAAACCGCUGAAGGAUCUCGCUGUUCUCUCCGAUCUUGAUCUGGAGUAUAAUGCUGUCUUCCUGUUACCAAGGCUGCGAGGGGGACUUAGUUUUGGUCUCAAGGAAGAUUUGAAAACAAAGCGUAUUCUCGCGGAAAACGACAUGAAUGAGUAUGAUCAGAUAUAUGGUAAGAAGGUGCAUACGGAAAAGGACAAAAGCUGUACUGAUGAUGGAAAAAACCCGGUGAAGAUGUCCUCAUUGUUUUCUCCUUUUAGGCAAUCCUUACGAAUGAUGGCUCCAAGGAAACAGUUAGCAACCAAAGCUGCCAGAAAAUCUGCACCUGCAAACUUUGAUGAAAAUGAGGAGGAGCAGAAUGAGGAUGACAGUGAUGAUGAUGAUGAUGAUGAUGAUGAUGAUGAUGAUGUUGAAAAGAUGGGCAACUUUAGCUGCAUGGCACUUCCAGAUGACAACGUGGUUGAUGAUGCUACGAACAAGAAACAGGAAGUGUCAGAUGUAGGAAGAAUACCAGACUCUCCACUCUCAGCAACACAGUUUGGCCCCUUGUCUCCAAAAUGUUCAGAUUCAUUUGGUACAAACUUUGAAAAAUUUGAAAUCUCUCAGUAUUUAGAUGAAGACAUGGAGAUUGAUUUAGAUACUGAAGACCCGGCAUUCCUCAUUCUCACUUCUGAAAUAUCUGACAUAUUUUCACCUUCAAUGGCAGGCCAUUCUCAGGACACUCCAGCCUAUAUAUCAACCUCCCCAUCUUACAAACCAACUUCCCCAUCCUAUUCGCCCACUUCCCCAUCUUACAAACCAACUUCCCCAUCCUAUUCGCCCACCUCCCCAUCUUACAAACCAACUUCCCCAUCCUAUUCGCCCACCUCCCCAUCUUACAAACCAACUUCUCUAUCCUAUUCGCCCACUUCCCCAUCUUACAAACCAACUUCUCCAUCCUAUUCACCAAAUAGAAGAGCACGAAGAGCCAAAUCAACAUUUGAGGAUUUCCAACAUGAAUCAACAUCAAACAAUAAAGAUUUUGUGGUUUCAGGUUCAAGACAAGCAAAGUCAAGCAGCACAUCUAGUGAACAUGGUUUGUGUGGAGCUCCAGUGCAAGCAGAACCAGGCAGUAAACCAAGUCAGAGCUUCAAUUUUAAUGCUUCGCUACAAACAGCAUCAAGCAAUGAACCAACACAAAGUUUGGGAUUGGGGGCUCCAAACCUAGCAGAACUAGGCGGUAAACCAAGUCAGGGGUUCAAUUUUAGUGCUCCUCUAGUAACAGCAUCAAGAAAUAUAUCAACACAAAGUUUGGGAUUGGGGGCUCCAAACCUAGCAGAACCAAACACAAUGCCAAGUCAAGGGUUUUCCUUUGGAGCUCGAAUGCAAACAACUCAAAGCGCUUCACCAGCCGAAGGUUUCAGUUUUUCUCAGAAUCAAACAUUGCAGAGCAUUACCAGUAAAGGAAGCCAUUGUUUUGGAUUUGGGACUUCAAAACCAGCCGGAGCAAGCAGAACGACAAGUCAAGGGUUUUCCUUUGGCGCUCAAAUGCAGUCCCAACGAUGCAAUAUACCAACCCAAGAUUUCUAUUUUGGAGCUUCAAAUUCAGCAGGUUUUGGAGAUGACGGUGACAGACGUGGUGGUUAUGGAGGUGUCAGUGUUAGACCUGGUGGUUAUGGAGAUGACAGUGACAGACGUGGUGGUUAUGGAGGUGUCAGUGUUAGACGUGGUGGUUAUGGAGGUGUCAGUGAGGGACUUGGUGGUUAUGGAGGUGUCAGUGUUAGACGUGGUAGUUAUGGAGGUGACAGUGUUAGAUGUGGUGGUUAUGGAGGUGUCAGUGAGGAAUGUGGUGGUUAUGGAGGUGUCAGUGAGGGACUUGGUAGUUAUGGAGGUGUCAGUGAGGGACUUGGUAGUUAUGGAGAUGACGGUGUCGGACGUGGUGGUUAUGGAGAUGACAGUGUCGGACGUGGUGGUUAUGGAGGUGACAGUGUCGGAGGUGAUGGUUAUGGAGGUGUCAGUGAGGGAUUUGGUGGUUAUGGAGGUGACAGUGAGGGAUGUGGUGGUUAUGGAGGUGUCAGUGUUAGAUGUGGUGGUUAUGGAGGUGUCAGUGAGGGACGUGGUGGUUAUGGAGGUGACAGUGAGGGACGUGGUGGUCCUAGACUUGCUGGUUCUAAAGAUGGACAUGUUUCUUACAUAGAAACAGCACCAACAUUUACAUAUUUGAAGGAUCUUGACUUGAAUUUAGCAAAACAUGAUCCAAAAACUAGGAUAUUGAAGGAAAAUGACAGAAGACCUUCCAGUGUAACAGAGAAGGAUCUGCCUUCACAGCCUUUCAGACAUGUACAGGAUAAAAUGUUCCCACCAGACUUUGAUGAAUCCUUAUUACCUAAACAAAAGAGAAAAAUUCCUCCUGUUGGAAGAGGAGGUUCUGGAUUCACUGCAAGGAAUGACCAGGGUCCUGCUGAAACAACCAAAGAACAAGGUCGAAGGUCAUUAAAGUCAGUCAGAGGCGCAAUGCAUGGUGCAAGAUCAAGAGACAGAAAUAGGGAACAAUCUCGUGAGCUUAUUGUGCUGGAUAAGAGUAAAAAACUAAGUUUGAGUCAUGACAGAAGGCGGAGGAGUUUGAGUAGAAGUUUGAGUCGAGACAGAAGACAGAGGAGUUUGAGUAGAAGUUUGAGUCGAGACAGAAGGCGGAGGAGUUUGAGUAGAAGUUUGAGUCGAGACAGAAGGCGGAGGAGUUUGAGUAGAAGUUUGAGUCGAGGAAGGGGGAGAAGAGACUUGGAAAGAUGUUACAGUAGAGAUAGAGCAAGAAAGGAAAAUAAAAAAAUGCACAGAUCAAGUGGAAAUAAUGAUACAAACAGUAGGAAUAAAAAUAGGGACAAAGCAGGAAGCAAAAUAGACAGAGAUCCUGCAAGAGAAAGUAAGAAACAGAUAAAGCAUAAAAAUGAAAAGAAGGAGCAAACAAAGGCUGAUGAACAGGUUGUCAAAACAUUUGGGAAAAAAGGGAAGAAAAGGGAACAGACAAGGGAUGAUGAAGAGAUUGUCAAAACUGGAGGGAAGAACCUGUCAGGAAAGUUGGAAUAUGAUGAUCAUGAGAAAAUGGACUUUACAGUGGACAUGGCACCAACUUUGAAAGUCUGGGAUGUAACAUCAGAGACAGGUGAAGCAGCUCCCUCCUCAGUUCCUGCGAUUUGUGAGGAUGUCGGGAUCUGGAAAGGCAUUGUACGAAAGAUUUCAAAAGUCCCUAACACUGAGGAUCUCCUGCAACACAUUAAUACGGGACAAUAUUGGGAACUGACUCCAGAGCUGUGUCAAACCCUCGGUGUUUUCUACAUCAAGGUCACCAACCAGCUGAAGCUACAUGGCCUGUACUCCUUAGGAAGCCAUGCUGCAUCCUUAGGAGAAAACAUGGUAGCAACAUAUCUUGUGGUCCUCAAGAUAAUACAGAUCAUUUACCAGCAGAUGAACAGAAAACCACUGAAAUUGGACCUGGCCGGAUUUGCGUCUUUGGACUUGAUGAACUGGACAUUGAAUUGUAACAAUACCCUGUCCAUCAAGUUAGAUACUACGCGGUCAACAGGAUGCUCAGCGGUGUUGUAUCUCCACAAUGAAAUAUCAGGUGUUCACAAAUGGUUGACCGAGAAGCGUGGUGAACAUGAACGACUCUGUAGGCAGUUAGAACUAGGACAUUCCUUACAAACUUUCACUUGGAACCUUUUCUGUGCUCUCAACGAAAAGCCAGUCUGAUUGUUAAAUUUUCAUUUAUAUCCUUGAAAAGGAAGAAAGACAUGCAUAUACAUUUGAACAAAACCUAUGCAACUGAAAUGGAAAUCCUCGUGAAGUUUCAGAUAAUUCUGUUAUUUAAAGUAUGAUGUUAUAAUGUUGGUUUGAGAUCACAGAAUGGUACUGUUGAGAGAUUGUUCCUUUUUUUAAUUGCAGUGAUUGUGAUAAUGUAGUUUACAGUACAACAUAUCCUACAUAUAAUCAGAGAGACCUCUCAUUCGCAUUGUUUGCAUUAGAGCAUGUUGUAUGUAUACAUAUAAACAACAUGACAAUCUUGUUUUUGUAUAGUGAUUACCGGUAUCCCAUAUACAUUUAAGUAUAAAUGUUUUAUUAUUUCCUUCUUGAAUGUUCAGCUUAUUUCAAUUUACGUGAUGUAUUGUUUAACCAUGCUAAAGAUAGAAGCUGUAUUUAUAUUGAAAUGAACAGAGAAGAUGAACUUAAGUUCCUGAUGAAUGAGCAAGGCCUGCAGCUUUAAGUAGCUUAGUGUAUAUAUAGCAUGAUGCGUAGACCCAGGUUGCUAAGUAUUUAAGUGUAUAUAUAUAUUUGACUUAAUACAAUAUCGUGGAUAUUAUCUGAUAUAUUAAUUAAUUUUAAGCAUGUACAUUUUAAUAUAACAUCAUCUUUUAGAAUGUAUUAUCAUAGGCCUAUAUAAUAUCUGAUAUAUUUUAAGUGUGUACAUUUCGUCAUUUUUUUAGAGUGUCUCAUAGGCCAACUAUGGCCGGAUGUUAAUACAUCAUGAUAUAUAAUUAGAAAUGAAGAUAUUUUAAUUUUCCAUUUUAAAAUGUCAUUGUUUUAGUAUGUAUUAACAUGUGACAUUAUGAUAAAAUAAAUUGUUUUGUAUUGUACUGGUCUGCAGAUCAUACAUAGCAGUAUACAUUGAAGAUUUAAAGAUGAAAUGGUAUAUUUUUUGGGAAUUGUCAUGUCUGUAUGAAGUGCAAUAGGGUUUAUAUAUGGCAUCUAUUUAGAAUUUCAAUACACUUACAUGUAGUAUAAGUAUAUAGUAGAGUAUAUUAGAAUAAGUUUUGAAUAUGUCUGCAAGUCACUGCUUACCAUUCUAUUUAGUGUGUAUGUACCGAGUAGUACCAUUACAUAACUACAAGCCUAUUGUCUGUGAUAAGAUACCAUCAGGAGUCGCCCUCAUCACAGUAUACAGGGAACUUUUGGUACGUCACUAGUGAAGUCUAUAUUCGCCCAUCAAAAAUGUUACCCUUCACAUGUUAUAAUUAUAUAUAAUCAACUCACCGUUACCUCACCGUUGUCGACGCCAUACCAUUGAUCUACGACUAUACUAUUGACACAUCUACUGGUGUAACUGGUACACACUCCCGGUCUGUACCUCCCGCUCUGUAGCAUGCGGGGCUAAAGUUGCCUGGGUGUUCCUUUCAUGCACGGUUCAGUCUUGACUACCGUUCAAUAAAGGCAGUGUUUACAAUUUCAGGUGUUAGAUUGUUCCAGAGUUCUUUAGUCACACGGUGUGAAAAAGCGUUUCCUCUUAGUUUUGUUCCAAAACGUUUUUUGUUGUGUCCUCUAGUGUUGUGCAUGUUCUGUCCAGUCGCGAAUAUUGUGAAUUUAUCUACAUUGGCCUCCACCAGACCGUUUAUUUUAUGGUGUGAAUUAAUAUUUGCUGUCAGGAUAAAUUUGCAGUCAUUAUGGACAGCUAAAAAGGCUAAAGUUAAACUGCUCCGAACAUUUCCCGAUAUACAGUGUAACUGCUUAGGGAAUGAGAGUUGGAGGUACGUGUUGUAAAUAGUUUAUAUCUUCGGGGGCAAAGACUUAGGAAAAGGAUUGUUAAAUAUAGCAGAACUGGACUGGGUCGAUCUCGGCGACCAGGUAGCUCAGUUGGUAUAGCGUCCGUCAAGAGUUCGGAGGUACUAGGGUUCGAACCCCAGUCUGGCCGUUGCAUUUCAGACUUUCUACUGUUACACAGAUAUGAUAUACAUUAUGUUUCAGUUGUGUAUCUUGUUAUUAUUAUUAUAUAACAUAAUUGUGUGGAACCCAAACUACUUCAAACGAAAUUAUUCUAAGGUGCUUCAUAUUCAAGAAAUGAUGUACAGCAUUCCACACAGAAGAGUGUGGGAACAUCCUUACUGAAGCCCAUCAUACAACUUGAUUCUCAUUAGUGCCUUUGUGAGGGUGUGCGAGUGUGUAUUAAAGGAUGUAUAGGUGUUCUGCUUGUUUUGCGUCAGUAUUUUUAACAGCUCAUUUAUCAUGCUUUAACAGUGGACUACUGCAGCAUGGAAACCAUAAAACUAACAUACUACAGGUUUUAUAUUGUGUUACGGUUACAGAAUUUGAUGUGCAGUAUUAUUUUAUACUAGUUGAAGGUUCAAAAUAUUAAGCACCAUACUACAGUUUUGUAAAAACUUUUUUUCUGAGAAUUAUUCAUCCAAAAUAAUAUUCAUGAAGGUUCAGAUUCAAGAAGGAGCAAAAAGUUAUAUAUGUUUAAAUAUUUUC